AAGUUGGAUGACGCUGUGCCGCUCUAUGUUCCUUUUAAUAAUCUGACGAAAUUGAAGUUAAGAUUGCACAUGGAUUAUUAACAUAUUUCAGUAUAUUUGCAUCGUUUUAAAUAUAUUUUGCUAGUAUAAAUAAAGAAUUUAUCGUUCCUUGCACGAUAUACUCACAAGGCAUUAAAGAUGGUACUGUCGUGUCGGUUUUAUAAAGAAAAAUAUCCAGAAGUGGAAGAUGUAGUGAUGGUAAAUGUACGAAGUAUAGCUGAAAUGGGAGCAUAUGUACAUCUAUUAGAAUAUAAUAAUAUUGAAGGUAUGAUUCUUCUAUCUGAAUUGUCUAGAAGACGUAUUAGAUCUAUCAACAAACUUAUUAGGGUAGGGAAAACUGAGCCAGUUGUUGUUAUACGAGUCGACAAAGAAAAAGGUUAUAUAGAUCUUAGCAAACGUCGUGUAUCGGCUGAAGAUGUAGAAAAAUGUACAGAGAGGUACGCAAAAGCUAAAGCUGUUAAUUCAAUUUUAAGACAUGUUGCAGAAUUAUUGCAUUUUGAUAGCGACGAUCAACUAGAAAAGUUAUAUAAAAAAACUGCAUGGCAUUUUGAAGAAAAAUAUAAAAAACAGAAAGCAUCCGCGUAUGAUUUUUUUAAACAAUCUGUUUCGGAUCCAUCUAUUCUAGCUGAGUGUGGUCUUGAUGAACGUACAAAGGAGGUGUUAUUAAACAAUAUUAAACGAAAAUUGACUUCUCAAGCAGUUAAAAUUCGGGCAGAUGUAGAAGUAGCUUGUUAUGGAUAUGAAGGAAUUGAUGCAGUAAAAGCUGCUUUAAAAACUGGCUUGGCCCUUUCUACAGACGAACUUCCAAUUAAAAUCAAUUUAAUUGCACCACCAUUAUAUGUCAUGACAACGUCUACACCAGAAAAACAAGAUGGCUUGAAAGCUUUGAGUGAUGCAAUCGAUGUUAUACAAAGUAAAAUAACAUCGCUCGGAGGUGUAUUUAACGUUCAAAUGGCUCCGAAAGUCGUUACUGCAACUGAUGAAGCAGAAUUAGCAAAACAAAUGGAACGAGCUGAACUUGAAAAUGCAGAAGUUGCUGGUGAUGAUGAUGAAGAAGAAGAAGGAAUGGAUGGUUUUAGCGGUGGAGAAGAAGAUAAAAAAUCUGGAACAGAAUCCCAGGGAGAAGAGUAAAGGAAUAAAUCCAUAAAUCAGUUUUCAUUAACUGGCAAUUAUUUCUGUAUCAGAAACCAUACUUUCGGAAGUGUGCUACUGUCUUGUUGAACAUUAGACAGAAUGUUUCAAAUAAAUUAUACAAAACUCAAUGUAUUAUAAUUUAUAAAUAAUUUUCUAUAAACUUG